UUUUAUAUAAAGCAGAAGGACAGAGCUGUCUACUUCUUGGUGUUAUUGUUUUUGUGUUAACGUCAAUGUAUGACUGUUUACUGUCAAGAGUUGGCGUUUGAGAUCUUAUGCGUGGCUAGUCUAUUUUUGUAGUAAAUGAAUUUCUUUAUUUCUUAAUUUUACUUUAUUCAGUUCUUAGAAGUUCAGUGGAUCUUAAAACUAUAUUUUUCCUGAUUUUUGUAGUGGAAUAAUGUCUGUGGAAAAAAACACAUUGCGCACAGGAUGCUGUGGCUCAGGUCCUGGCUACAGGAGUCCACAAGACGCUUUCAAGAAUGGUCCUCGUGAGGAAAUUGUUUAUGUUCUGUGUGUUCAGCCUGAUAAGACCAAACAUGACUACUUGGCUAUAGUUGACGUUGACCCUACUAGCCCCUCAUAUUGUCAGGUGAUUCACAGGACCAAGAUGUUGUACCCAGGUGAUGAAGUGCAUCAUUUCGGAUGGAACAGCUGCAGCAGUUGCUAUGGCAACGUGACCAAGCAACGGGACAAGCUGGUGAUCCCUUGCCUUGGCAGUGACCGCAUCUACAUCCUGGAUGUGGCGGCCAACCCCCGGGCUCCUACCGUGCACAAGGUGAUAGAGCCAGAGGAGAUGCACGCGCUGGGGGUGGCCACACCUCACACCACACACUGCCUGCCCUCUGGGGACAUCAUGAUCUCUACCAUGGGGACAGUGUCCGGAGAAGGCAAUGGGGACUUUAUACUUGUUGAUGGCUCUACCUGGAAAGUCAAAAGCUUGUGGACGGAGGGUGACAAAGUGGCUCAGUUUGGAUACGACUUCUGGUACCAGCCGUAUUGGGACAUCAUGGUGUCGAGCGAGUGGGGAGCCCCCAAGUCUUUCAAGCCCGGCUACAAACAUUCCGACGUUUUGGAUCCGACCCUGACAGGCCGUUCAAUCAACUUGUAUUCCUGGAAAGAGCGAAAGCUGCUCCAGACCAUUUCCUUUGGGGAUGAAGGGAUCGCUCCAUUGGAGACCCGGUUCCUCCACAACCCUUUGGAAGCUCAGGGCUUUGUCGGCUGUGCAGUGACUUCCAACAUCUUCAGAUUUUACAGAACAGAUGAUGGUACUUGGGCGGUAGAGAAGGUGAUCGUUAUUCCACCCAAGAAAGUGAAAGGAUGGGCACUUCCUGAAAUGCAGGGGAUGGUGACGGAUAUCCUGCUUUCCCUUGACGACAGGUUCUUGUAUCUCAGCAACUGGCUUCAUGGAGACGUGCGACAGUAUGAUGUAAGCAACCCCUCCAAGCCCGUACUCGUCGGCCAAGUGUUUCUGGGUGGGAGCAUACUCAAGGGUGGCCCAGUAGAGGUCAUCGAAGACCAUGAGCUCACUGAGCAGCCAGCCCCGGUGACUAUCAAGGGUAAGAAGAUCCUCGGUUCUCCACAGAUGCUGCAGCUGAGUCUGGAUGGCAAGAGACUCUACGUCACCACUUCCCUCUUCUCUCCCUGGGAUACACAGAUGUACCCGGAGAUGGUCAAAAAAGGUUCAGUCUUGAUGAAGGUUGAUGUUGACACAGAAAAAGGAGGUUUGACUCUUGACACAGAUUUUCUAGUGGACUUUGGUGCAGAACCAGAUGGCCCGGUCUUGGCUCAUGAGACCAGAUAUCCUGGGGGAGACUGCACAUCUGACAUUUGGCUGGUAGAUGAAGAGCCUAAAGUGGAAUUGUGUAAAUAAUUUAUGUAUAUCUAUUUGACAUAUGUGACUGCAGUGUGCAUGAAUAUUUCGUGCAUUGAAAAUAUGUGAGGUAAAGAGGUUAACAUUUAUUUUAGAUUACGCUGUCAUCGAUGCAUAUCAUGAAUGUAUAUGCACACUAUAUUUUACUUAGUGGGUUUAGAACAAAUAUUAGUCUUUCUUACAAUUAUGUGGGUGGAAGUGAAUACAGUUCUAUGACACAAUUUCUACAUUACUGGUGCUACCAACAAUAGUUACCAAUAGGAUUAUUACAAAAUAUAGUUUUGCACUUUCUAAGGUGUUAGGGUUUUAACUCUUGAUUAUGAAUUGUUCUGCCCUUGAAGAAUGUGCCACCUAGCGGCUAACGCUGGAAACACACGCUAUUAGUAGCGUCAAGCAGAGUAUCGUAGAACUAGUACAGCACGUGCUAUUUAGAAUAUUGUUUCAGAAGCGUGAAACGGGCAACAGCUCUUAGCAAAAGGUCAGGUAGAUGGAGCCAAGCAGUUCCGACAACCACUGACAAGCCCCAAACAUUUGCGGGUUGGCGAGUGGUUAGGGGAGCGAGAGGCUGAUUGGUGAAGCGAUAGUUGCGACACUGGUGGCGGGUACGCAAACCACAUAAAACCAUGUACGCUGGCUUUUUACACCUGUCCCGUAGGGAUGAUAUAUCUUCUCAGAAGGAUUCACAAUCAAGGACAAAACUAAAGUAAUUGUUAUUAUCUGGUGUCAUAUAUACCUUUGACAUUUUUUAUACAUUCUAGAUUGUUAUAUGAUCAUCUUAAUUUGGGGCCAUUUUAAUAUUAAUUAAUUUUAAAAUAAUGUUAGAAAUAAAAAUAUGCACAUUUUAUAUAUAACUUACAAUAUUGUAGUUAUUGUGUUGUUACUCUUAGCAAAAGCACUUUUUAAAAUCAGCUUUUAUAUUAUAAUAUAUUAGCAAUUAUAUGCAUUUAUAUGUAUUUUAUAUACAAGACAAAAGCCAAUACAAUUUUACCAUAUUAUAGUUUCUUUAUAGCUAUGUUAUCUGGGAACUAUCUAUUAACUUGUAUAUUAUUUUACAAUAAUAACAUAAUUAUAUUUAUAUGUAUUUUAAAUACAACAUUGAGAUUAUUAAUCAUUGUUAUUUUUGAAUAAAGAAUAUGUUAUUGUUAUUAA